AUAUAGUGAAUGCGGGGUCCGGGGAGAGCGGAUAUAGUGAAUGCGGGGUCCGGGGAGAGCAGAUAAAGUGAAUGCAGGGUCCAGGGAGAGCGGAUAUAGUGAAUGCAGGGUCUGGGGAGAGCGGAUAUAGUGAAUGCAGGGUCCGGGGAGAGCGGAUAUAGUGAAUGCAGGGUUGUGUUUGACCCGUCUCUGCAUUGCGUUUUGCAUUUUUUUUUUUUCAUUUUUCUUGUUGCUAGGCAGAUUUAAGACGCAUCAGAAACGCAGUAAAAAUGCAAUACAU